AUGGAAUUUGCUUAUGUUUGGCGAAGAAAGGGAGAGGCCUUGAACCCUAAGAAAACAGUUUCCACAGUUAAACAUGGUGGUGGGAGCAUCAUGCUGUGGGGCUGUUUUGCAGCCUCAGGCACAGGGAGCCUUGUUCGGUUCCUGAAGGAUACCAAAACCAAGGUCCUGGAGUGGCCCGCACAGAGCCCAGACCUCAAUCCUAUUGAGAAUCUGUGGCGGGUGCUCAAAGUGAAUGUCCAUGCUCGGAAACCACGCAAUUUGGACCAGCUGGAACAAUUUGCAAUGGAAGAAUGGGCCAAAGUCCCUCAGGAGACCUGUGCCAACCUAGCAAAUGUAGCAGCAGAUUGCCAUGUGUGCCCACCUGGUUGGACUCAGUUUGGGAAUCAUUGUUACAUGUUCAACCACGUUGAAAAGGACUGGGCUGAUGCAGAGCAUGCCUGCACUUCCCAUGGUGGGAAUCUUGCUUCCCUCCCCAACACAAAAGUGUACAACUUCAUCAGAGCUAUCAUUCAUGCAUCAACUGGCAAACAUACAAUAACUUGGGUUGGAGGCUACGACGCAACAAAGGAUGGUGUGUGGCUGUGGAGCGAUGGCAGCAAGUUUGACUUCAAAGGCUGGCAUAGCGGCGAGCCUAACAAUGCUGGUGGUCAUGAGAAUUGCAUGGAGAUCAACUUCAGAGAAAAAGACUUUGUCAACGAUGUAAACUGUGGCUUCAAGAGGUCGUUUAUUUGUGGCAAGAGCCUGUGA